CUUGGCAGAUUAAGAAGACGAUGGUGGUUAUCUUCUUAAAAUAUAGUUAAUUCUGGAGGAAUUAUUGUAAUGUAAAAUUGUAGACGAAACCAGAAGCGCCGCAAAAGCACGGGUGUAAACUUUAUAAAUUGGCAAUUCGUUUGUAGUUUGUCCACGGAUAGCAGCGCUCCUCAAGGUUACUUUUUUAUCUAGAUUCCCUAUGCAGAAACUUCAACGGGCAUGCGCGAGAGGAAGUGACAUCACGUAUUUUUAAAUGACGUGAAUUUAAAAAUGUAAAAAUCUAAUCCAGGUUUUCUUUCUCACGUAACUGUUUAUUAAAAUUAUAAUAUAGGUACUUGAUAAUAAUAAUAAUAAGUAUGCAAUUUGUUUUUAUACCAACAAAUAUUUUUAAUUUAUUACUAAUUACCUAAUCAAAUAAUGUCAUAAUUAUUAUUUUAAAAUGCCAAUUUUGACGUUAACUGUCAUUAAUAAUUCUCAAUAGACUUGUGUGAUUAGAAAAGAAAUUUAUAGUUUAAUUUUGGAUUAUUUAUAGCAUUCAAAAUGCCUCACUGCAAGGGAAUUAAAUUAGGAGCAGUUUGGAGGACCUGUAAUAAAAUUCGGGCUGCUAUUUUUCGCCUUGGUUUAAACUUAUGGGAGUAUUUUGUGCCAUUGGACCCGCAAAAAAAUUGUCUUAUAUCUGAGUCCCAAUUUAUUUCCGUUCUUUCCGGUCAACUAAGAAGCACUAUAGGCUUAUCAGAACAAGAAAUAAGCGAGCUUGCAGAUUAUUUUAGAGUUCAAGAUGGUCGGAUUUUUUACACGCAACUUUGUCAAGUUAUACACGAUAGCAUUCCGGAUUUUGCUCAAAAUGCGCCCGUGGUAAACGGUCUUGAAUGGGAAGAUCCUUUACAUGUAAACAGAUUGAGUAUAAGUGAAGAAAGAAGAUUAAAUAUUCUAAUAACAAAAAUUGCUUCGAUUGUGAACAUGAGAAAGCUAAUUUUGAGACCGUUCUUUCAGGAUUACGAACUCGUGGCUAAAAAUAAUGGCGUUGUAACCAUCGGCCAUUUCGCCAGAGUUCUGGAUUACCUUCAAAUACUUUUGGCGGCCGAUGAUUUUCAUUUAUUGGUCAAAAAAUUUAUCAAAGACAGCUACACCAUAAACUACAUAGCUUUUAUAGCUGCUGUUCAAGAAGUUGUUAAUUAUAUGAAUGCAAAUGGAGUCAUGGAUUUAGGAGGAGAUUUGUUAAGUCUAUUUCCUGGAAGGAUUAUAAGUUCAGAGCUUCCCAAGUUACCAAGGCCAGAAAUAGGAAAAAUAAGUGCGGCUAGCGUUUUUGGAAGACAAACCAUUUUUCAUCCUGUUCUUAAUGAACCCAAAAGAUUAGAACAACUUUUGAUUCUAAUACAGAGAAUUCAAAGACACGUGUUAGAAAAUAGAAUUAGAGUCAGCGAAUUUUUUAAACAUUUUGAUCCAUUAAACUGUGGAAAAAUAACAGUAUCUCAGUUCCAUCGAGGUUUAGAUAGUCUAGGUGUCAGCGGCUUACACAAACUGUUUUUAUCUUUAACCGAAAUAGAAACAGUGAUGAUGCAGUAUCAAGAUCCCAGCGAUCCCACCAGGAUUUGCUGGAGGACUUUUGAAGACGAUAUCGAUCAAGUUUUUACGACAAAGGUUUAACUAUAAAUAAUUCCUCAAAUUUCUUAAAAUCUUAUUUUACCCAUAGGAGCUUGAAAAACGCCCACUUAGAGUUAUAGAUGCUCCACCAAUGGAAAUACUUGAAUUGCCGAGGAAAGGAGCAAAACAUUGGCAGUCGGUAAACUUGAAAUCUAGAGAACUUUGUGAAGAGGCAGUAGAUAAAGUAAAACAAAAAACAAUGAAGAGAAGAAUAUUAUUAAAGCCAGUGUUUAGGGAUUAUGAUAAAAAUAAUAACGGUCAUGUGACGAGAAAUCAAAUGAGACAAGCUCUACAUUCAAAUGGCAUUCUGUUAUCCGAUGAAGAAUUGUUUUCUUUAGAAGAAAGAUUUAACAAUGACAUGGGUUUUAAUUACUUCUGGUUUUUAAGAGAAGUCGAUCCAAAACCACAAGAAGAUGCCUUGUAUACUGGAUUCAUUGAAGAAAUGAAAAAACUAAAUAGAGAAAAACCAAAGGCUAAAGCAACGCGACAAGAAAAAGACAUAGUUCAAAUCAUGGCGAAAGUAAAAGGAAAAGUCGUACGGGAAAGAAUUAGAGCUGUGGAAGAGGCGUUUACGCAAUCUUGCUUGGAGAGAUCUCCUCUAACCAUACCUCUUCAACAUAUUCCCACCAAAGAUUGCGAAAAGAACUUCCUUAAUUUCGAUGAGAGAAAGAUCUUGGGCAUUGCUAUGCAAAAAUUGUCCAAGAAACCUGACUUACAAAUGAAUCUCUACCCAGUCUUAAGAGAUUAUGAUAAGGAAAACUGUGGAACAAUAUCAGAGCAUCAAUUCCAAAAAGCGUUAAUACUUCGCGAAAUGAUGGAUUUAAUAUCGCCUAACGAAUUUGAAGUGAUUUGUAAAUGUUUCAGCUUUGAACGAGGAAUGCGACAAGAGAUCGACUAUAGAGCUUUUAUGAAAGCUUUGGACAUUUUAUACGCCACUGAUAAGUACAAUCCUUUUUAAAAAAACGACACUUUUUUAUUGAACAUUCCAUGCUUUUGUAAUUCCUUUAUUUUAAAUAAAAUCAUCUCACUUC